AUGGGCGGGCUGGACAACUACAUCCUCUACACCAAGGACCAUAAGCUUGACUCGCUGUUCGGCCUGCAGCUCAAGGAGCGGCUCAAGGAGGUGUACGAGCUGAAGCACGGCGUCAAGUUCCAGGCGAAGGCAGCCCCGGCUGUGUCGGUCAAGGACCAGUGGCAGCAGAUCAUCGACAACUACAACCGAAAGAAGGAGGGUUCUUCUUCUUCCUCCUCCUCCACCGCCUCCGCGACGUCCUCCCCUCCUCCCGUAGCGCAGCGCGAGCAGAGCGAGGUGGUGUGA